ACCAAGACACCUGAAGAUGGUGGAUGCCAUUGUAUCAUUUGCUGUUCAAAAACUGGGCGAUUUCCUCAUACAAGAAGUUGCCCUGUUCAGAAGUCUGAGAGAGGAUGUGCAGUGGCUGAGAAAUGAGCUGCUCUUCAUGCAAUCUUUCCUCAGAGAUGCAGAACAAAAGCAAGUUGAAGAUAAAAGAGUUCAACAAUGGGUAUUUGAAAUCAACUCUAUUGCUAAUGACGCUGUCGCUAUACUGGAGACUUACAUCUCCGUGGCAGAAGAAUCCGAUGACCAUGGAUUUGCUAGUCGUCUUAAGACUUGCGCUUGCAUAUGUAGGAAGGAGACCAAAUUCUACAACAUCAGCAAGGAGAUCCAAUCCCUCAAGCAGCGGGUCAUAGAUAUCUCUCGCAAACGGGAGACGUAUGGUAUUAGAGACAUCAACAAUGCAGGAGAAGGGCCAAGUAAUCAGUCCGCCAUGGUUAGAACAUUGAGGAGAACUACCUCCUAUAUAGAUGACGAUCAUAUUUUUGUUGGCUUUAGGGAUGUUGUAGAAAGCUUGCUAGCUGAACUUCUCAAAGCAGAGCCUCGCCGAAGCGUCAUCUCCAUUUAUGGUAUGGGUGGUUUAGGCAAGACUACUCUUGCAAGAAACCUCUACAACUCUCCUACUGUAGUCUCUAGCUUCCAAACACGCACUUGGAUAUGUGUUUCUCAAGAGUACAACACCAAGGAUCUCCUUAGGAAUGUCAUAAAAUCCAUCCAAGGUCGCACAAAGGAAAGUCUGGAUUUGUUGGAAAAAAUGACAGAGACGGAUCUAGAAAUUCACCUUCAGGACCUAUUGGAAGAACGCAAAUACCUUGUGGUGGUUGAUGAUGUAUGGCAGAGAGAGGCAUGGGAAAGUUUGAAAAGAGCCUUCCCAAAUAGCAAGAAAGGAAGCAGGGUGAUUAUUACUACACGCAAAGAGGAUGUUGCUAAAAGAGCAGAUAACAGAGGUUUUGUACAUAAACUUCGUUUCCUUAGCAAAAAAGAGAGUUGGAAGCUCUUUUGCAGGAAAUUACUUGAUGUUCAGGCAAUGGUCCCAGCAAUGGAAGAGUUAGCUAAAGAUAUGGUGAUCAAGUGUGGAGGCUUACCUCUUGCAAUUGUUGUAUUAAGCGGGCUACUUUCUCAUAAAAGGGGGCGAGAAGAAUGGCAAAAGGUGAAGGACCACCUUUGGCAGCAUAUGAAAGAUGACUCUAUUGAAAUCUCCUAUAUACUCUCAUUGAGCUACAACGAUUUGUCAACUUCACUCAAGCAGUGUUUUCUUUACUUUGGUAUUUUUCCAGAAGAUAGUAUGGUCGGUGUUGAAAAGAUAAUGUGGUUGUGGAUGGCCGAAGGAUUCAUACCAAGAGGAGAAGAAAGAAUGGAGGAUGUUGCUGAAUGCUUCCUAAAUGAGCUUAUAAGACGAAGCUUGAUUCAAGUCGUCGAUACAUUUUGGGAAAAAGUUAUUAAAUGCAAGAUCCAUGAUCUAGUUCGGGAUCUUGCCGUGCAAAAGGCAUUGGAGGUGAACUUUUUUGACAUUUAUGAUCGAAGAAAGCACUCCAUAUCCUCCUUAUCUCUCAGACAUGUCAUUCAUGGUCAAGCACAAAGGUAUCUCUCACUUGAUUUCUCCAACUUGAAAUUAAGGUCAAUUAUGUUUCUAGAUCGAGAUUUUGGUAAGCUGGAUCUUUUAAAGUUCCGUAAUGUGUUCCAACAUUUAUAUGUGUUGAACUUGGAUCUGACAAUUUGUCAUGGCACUAAACUGCCUGAUGCCAUAGGAAGUUUGUACCACCUCAAGUUCUUAAGCUUGAUAGGUCCCGAUCAGAUUAAUCUCCCCUCCUCCAUUAGCAAUCUCAAGAAUUUACAGACACUCAUCAAUCUCUUUGAUGAUGGAAGUGGUUCAAAAGCCUACGGCUCACUACCUCCUGAGACAUCUAACCUAAUUAAGCUGAGACAUUUAAUUGCUUUCUAUUCACAACCUCUGCAACUUAGCAAACUCACUAGUCUUCAAGUUCUUAAAUACAUUUGUUGUGAUCAGUGGAAGGAUUUUGACCCUGUUGGUUUAGUCAAUCUUGGAGAAUUAGACAUGCGUAAUAUUAAGAAAUCUUACUCCUUAAAUAACAUUAGCAGUUUGAAAAACCUUAGCACUCUCAUAUUGGGUUGUGCAAGUGGUGAAUCAUUCCCAGCCCUUGAAUAUCUUACUUCUUGUCAAAACCUCCGCGAAUUGUGGUUAGAUGGAAGAAUAGAAAAGCUGUCUCAAUUCCCAAGUUCCAUCACAAUGGUGGUCCUUUUGUAUUCGAAACUCAUAGAAGAUCCGAUGCCUAUGCUGGGAAUGUUGCCAAACCUAAGGAAUCUCGAUAUAGUAGAAGCUUAUGAAGGAAAAGAAAUAACUUGCAAAGGUAACAGCUUCAGUCAACUGGAGUUCCUCCGUCUUGAUAGUCUAUGGAACCUAGAAAGAUGGCAUUUAGCCACAAAUGCUAUGCCUCUGAUUAAAGGCUUUGGUAUCCAUGAUUGUCCAAAGCUGAAGGAGAUUCCCAAGAGAAUGAAAGAAGUUGCUUUCCUGGAUAGGUUGAAGCCAAUUCCUGUUGAGUUUUGGAUUUAGGCGAAACAGGAGAAGCAGCUGUUAAGGAAAAAUAAAAAGGCAGAUGCGGACUUGAUACAACGGUUAUAAAAAAGGAAGGUAAAAAAAAAAAGGAAGACGCGGAAUUUCUGCCAAGCACUUUGAGACAUUCGCAGUUGGAUUUUAGAAGUACUAAUCAUAGUUGUCUACCACUUUACAGAGUAUUUCAGCGAUGUCAGUUAGAGCUUUUUUUUGAUUUCUUACUCAAUGUCCGGUACCCGCAUUGGGGCUCCACUAAAUUUGGAUUCACGCCGAGAUGUCCCAUAGUGAGGGUAAAGCACUCUCUAACAAAGGCGACUCCAUACCGAGGGCUCAAACCCGAGACCUCUGGUUAAGGAUGAAGGAGUAGUUACCACUACACCACAACCCUUGUUAGUUUGUCAAUUAGAGCUUAUCUCAACUUCUCUGUUUAGUUUCUUUUGAGUGUUUGAAUAUGGUUUGAAGACAAUUGUUUUUGGGAUUGUACCCGAAAAACUA